UACGAAAGAGCUUGGUGCCUCCCUGACAAGAAUGUGUAUCCGGCAUAAGACUAUCGAACUCAAGCUCAAGUCUUUCACAAAUGCCAUCAUGGAGUGCCUGGUGACUCCUCUACAAGAACGAAUGGAAGAAUGGAAGAAGAUCACUACGCAACUUGACAAGGAGCAUGCAAAAGAUUACAAGAAAGCCAGACAGGAAAUCAAGAAGAAAUCAUCAGAUACAAUGAGACUACAGAAGAAAGCCAGAAAAGGCAAGGAAGAUAUGUCCAUAAGACAUCACAAUGAGAAACUGAGUAAAGCUGAUAUCCAGUAUAGAUUAGACAGCGCAAUGCAAGACGUGACUGACAUGUAUCUACUCCUAGAAGAAGCCGAGAAGAACGCAGUCCGAGGAGGAAUGAUCGAAGAGAGAAGUCGAUUUUGUACGCUCAUUACCUGCUUCAAACCUGUCGUGGAUGAAGAGAUCUCUAUGUUGUCUGAAGUCACAAGGCUUGAGGCAGUCAUGGGGGAGCUGGCAGAACAAGGCAAGGAUCCCUACGUCUUACCUCAAUCCAGCGAGCAGGUCAUCUUAGACGUCAAAGGUCAAGAUCUCAAGUGGCAGUAUCAGACCCCACCUGGUUCCCCUUCCCAGUCGUCUGGUUCCCGGAAGUCAAGCAUGUGCAGCUUAAGCAGCAUGACUAGCUCCGACUCCCGUUCGAGUAGUUCGACCAAUUCCCAUUCGCCGGGUACCAACUACGUUCGCCACCGCAGCAUGUCACAGCCCAACAGUGCCUACCGACUCUCCAGUGUGUCAUCACAAGACUCUGGUUUCACGUCGCAGGAUAUGCUGUUCCCCAACCAGCCCGGUACCCCGCCACAGACUGUGCAGGAAGAGAAUGCACAGUCUCUCCUUCAUAGUGCGUCAGCCCCCUAUGAGCUGGAGCACCAGUCUUCCAGUGAAUGCAGCACCCCAUCAUCUCCAACUCCGCCCCCUUCCUCCUCCUCGUUUACCCUCCCCCCAUCUCAAGCAUCGCAAGGUUUUGCCCCACCCCCUCCCAGCUGGUUACUCAACUUCAGCCAGUCGGAAAAGAUGCAACGACCUAAGAGUAUACCCACGCCUAUAACGGCCUCAGUGAACCGGCCUCCGCCCCCUGUUGUUGCCGAUAAACCGUCUCCGAAACGGAAGAACAGUGACAGCAAAGCAGGAGGGAUGACUUAUGUACCUGACUUCAACACUCCCCAAUCAAACCAAAUUGUGCCUCGUCCUGUUUGUGCCGGCGGCCAGCAGCAGCAGGUAUCAAAUGCAGAACUAUACAGACAACGUAGUGCUACUCUACCAGCUCGGAGGCACACCCACAGUUCUAUGCCGUCAGCGAUGUAUUCUUUGGACACGGAUGGCAAUACGAGUAGUCACGGUUCAUUGAGUAACUCUAGUGGAUACAGCUCCCAGUCGACCACUGGUACCACAGGGUCAGACGAUAUGCUACCAUCUCAAGAUGGCAAUAUGGAAAACUACAUGGACAGGUCAACAAGUGGCUAUUCAAACACGACUGAAUCAAUGUACACGACGACCCCUAACCAAUCGCCAACCAGACGGCCGAUGUCCAUGGCGUGUAUACCCUCAUCGUCAAUGGUUGAGUCUUCGAAUAGAAAUACUGCUACGACACCAGGUGGAUCUCUACGUAAGAGCAAACCACCCCCACCCAUCAGGCGCACGCCCUCCGGCGGAUCCCUGGCGGGUAUGAAUAUAGUACCCGAUGCCCAGAUAGGGGUGCUGCCUAACCAAGGGAACCGAGGGGAAACUGGGGACGGCCACUGCGACCCGUCGGGGGUGUUUCGACGCCCUCACACCCCUGGGAGGGUACGGAGCCAGAGUACAGUACAAGCUCCUUACAGCUCUGAAAUGCAGCAGCCAAUGACGCAGCCCAAGGGCCGAGUCAAUCGAAGCCACAGUCUGAAACUAGCCGGUGAUGGAGUGUCCGGUGAUAUGGCUAGGAUUAGCCUGAUGGACAGCUUGAAUGCUAAACUAGCACAGAGGACUCCUCGGCCUGGACCUGACACUGGACCCAGGCAACAGAAGCAGUUCGAGCAGCAAAACUAUGCACAGCAGCAGCAGCAACAGCAGCAGCAGCAGCAGCAGCAGCAGUACCAACAACCUACGCAGCAGUAUCAACAGCAAAUGCACCAACAGCAACAAUACCAGCAACAGUAUCAGCAAGACUACCAGCAGCCUCAGUAUCAACCACAGUAUCAAGAUCCCAACCAACCACAGUCUCCAACCUAUUCACAAUACAGCCAAUCACAGGCCCCGUACCAGCCAACGAGCCCCCCUUCCCAACAAACCUACCCCCCUCCACCGGCUCAGAAUACUUCACAGAGCUUCCAACAGCGUCAACUACAAGUAAAGCAGCAGCUGCAGCAGAAACUGCAGCAUGGUGGUCAGUACGCCGCUCCGGCUCCGCAGACUAACCAGUUACGACAACAACAUGAUGCCCAGAGGAGUUAUCCUAGCGCGGGAGAGCUGUUGCAGCAAGCCGCAGCGAUGCAGCAUGAAGACAGCGAUAGCGACGAUAGCGAUGUUGGUGUCGGUAUUCUUGGUGAAAUCAAGAAAGGAGUUAAACUGAAGCGUACUUUCUCAAAUGACCGGUCCGCUCCGAGAAUCUGAUGAAAAGCUUCUUUAAAUUUAGGGAAAAAAGGUCUGUAUUUACAUUAUCAGCUUUAAUACUAAACUUUAAGAAUUUUCUCAACAAUUUAAAAAAGUGAAGGUGAAGAUCGUUACUAGCAGGACACAAUUUGAUUGAGCUGCUUAACAGAAAUUCUUGCUUGGCAAAGACGAGCAGGGUACCAGUCAUACAUUGUACAUGUGACAGUGUGUUUUGGCUGGUAACCUUUUUCUGGUAAGAAUAAUCUUGUUGUGCUCAGUUGCUUUUUGUGCUUAAACAGCUCUGUAAAACUGGGUCCAGAUUAUGCAACAAUUGUAUUGAAAGUUUCUCUAUUUAUGAGUAAGCUUUCUGUGGCUGCUGCUUGAAAAAUGCACUACUGCUGCGUAAUGUGACCAAGUCGCUUGUUUGUAUAAGGCUCUUCGCUUUAUGGAGUUACAAGGUAAUGGUGUGUAUUUCACACCAGGUGUGUCCUAUUACAAUGCAACAAUACAAUUAAUUAAUAAAGCCAGUAUUAUAAUAGCUAGCAAGCUUGUAAGAAAAAAUGUACUUAACGAUUGAGUGGCGUUCGCCUCUUUCAUGGAUUGUGUUUGAGAAUAUUCUAAGAUAAACAAUAAAUUCAAAGUUAUAAACAAAAACAAUCACGUAGUAAACCGCCCCCAUUGACCAAAUAUCGAUCACAAUUUCUUCAAUUGUCUUUGAUUAUUAAUAAUUAUUGGUGCUUCCUGUUAGAUCAAGAAAGCUAGUUUUCACCCGUUUGUGACAAGAAAAAGGAAUUCAGGAAUUAAUUAAGAAGAUGCUUUUAGAUGGAAAUUAAGUAUACUUUUUAUAAUUAGUUUGAAAUUGUAGUUGAAAAAAUAUGUGAAGAGAAUUAUUUGUUGAAUUGAAACAUACAAAGAAACGAUCAAUCAAAACCAGCUUUUUUUAUAAAGUGAAUUUUUUGCUUUUUAACAAUUUAUAACUUGCCACAUUUUAGCUUUUUGAUUGAAACUACUGGCCUAACCAAAAUAAAUUGAUAACUUGUAGAAAUUUUGUUACAAAAUUAAUAAAUAAGUAUGAUUUUUUUAAAUAACUUGAUUGAUAAUAAUAUUAGAAUUGUACACAUUUUUCAUUGUAUUAGAUUAUUAUGUAUUCUUGUGAAGCUUUGAGGGAAAGUGCAACAUUGGUUACUAUGGAAAUGAUCAACUUAACACAAAUGCCUUUCAGGUCUCUCGCAAUCAAUCAUCGGAAUUUACUAGAUUUGUAAAAUGAGACCUGGUAGUCGAACAUCAUAACAACAUUGCGAUGUCAUCGUCUUACUUAGUGACAAGAAAAAAAGGAAAUAUUUUAUUGAAAAUUGUUUCUGCAAAAAAAAAAAAGACUUUAUCAGUAAAUAUGAUUAAAGAAGAAAAUUAUUUCCACAUCGACCAAUGUAGCUCAUUCACCUUAAAGUUAUUCCUUGUUGAAAUAGAUGUAAGUGCAUUUGAUCUGUAUUUAUUAUUUUUUUAUACUGCUUAUGUACAGCCAGAAUAUGUUUGUUUAACUUUCAUAGGUAACUUUUACAAAACACUUUUGUGUUGAAUUUACUGAUUAGUUUGAUGAAAAAAAGUAUAAAAUCAUUUAAGAAAAAAAAUUAAUAGAACAAAAAUUACUGUGGUGGAAACUUUUUGACCAAAAGAAACUUAUUUUUCUUUGUUGGUAGUGGGAUAGUAUAUCUGAAGUUUCUCCUUAGAAUUGACAAACGUCAUACAUCUCAAACUUUCAUUGUAACUGCUCUUUUCCUUUCCAUUUGUCAGAACAAUAAUACAUUUUAAAAGUUGAUUCUUGAAAACAAUGGUAUGUGCCUUUAUAAAACGUUUAUAAAACAUUCUAAUUCUGACAAACACAAUGAAAGAUAUUACAAUUGUUUACAAGAAAAAAAGUUUUAUUUUGAGUUUUUUAAAGUCGGUGUUGGUGCAUUUUACUGAUAAAGUUUUGAAAUACCACGAGCGUGAACUGAAAUAUAAAACAUUUUGUAAAAAGCCAAAGUGAAACAAGAUUUGACCUGAUUGACUUUUAUCAUGGUGUAUUCAUCUUGAUUUGUUCUACCAUUCAAUACCUGGGAGUGCAAUAGUCUGGUUCCAUUGUUGGUGUGAUGAGAAUCAGUGUUCAUUAUUGUUGUAGUAGGCAGGGGACAAGACAAAGAUGGAUGCCACCUUAAAGGUGUGAUGUGUGUCAGGGUGUUUGGAUUUACUUAUGAUACCAGACUUGUCCCUAAUCCAUGGUAUACUGAACGAGAUAUUUAUAUUCAUCUACUUUUUGGAUUUUAAUCUUUGAAUGGUGGUGGAACAAUUCUGACAUUAAUAUUUGCAGUGACGAGAUAUGAUAAAAGCUGUCUUUUUGUAUUUUGGGUAGUUCUAAAAAGAACAACUCAACAUACCAUGUGGGCCCAAUUUCAUAAAGCUGUUUGCAGAAAAUACUGCUUAACAAAUUUCUUCGCUAAGCAAGCAAUUAGUGGGGCACAAGUGGCAACAUUGUAAACAUUGUGUUGGCUGGUAUCUUGUUUUUUGCUAAGAAAGAUUUUCCUGUGCUUAGCAGGUUUUCAAGCUUACAGGCUUUAUGAAAUUAGGUCCUAUGUCCAAUUUCUUGACGAUGCUUUAUGCAGAAUUCUGAGCUUAUGGCCCACAGAAGACUUCUAGUGCUUGCUUUGCAUGGUUCUUUUAGGCGCAUGGUUGUGUGGUAUGCAAUUCAAAGAAACUGGACCCCAUUGUCACUGCAAACAUCAGUCUCAAGAUUUUAUAAUAUUGCUAUUUUUUGAACUGGUGCCCCACUUUCAUUUUGGUGAACUCGAACUCGAACUCUAUCAUUGUAUUAUAAUGCCCAACUCUUUUGUAAUAUUGGAUUAUUUUUUAAACUAAACUAACUGUUGUUAGUUAGAGUAUUAGUUUGUUAAAUUAAUUUUGAUAACUAGUUGAUUAACCAAGGUUUAAGACGAUGAGCUUUGUACAUAAAGCAUGCCGGGCUAUUGCUGUUCUAUACACUGGGAGUGGUUCUUUUAACUUGUAAUUAAACAGUUAGCUAAUUAGUUAAGCUACAGAAAGUUGCAACGAACCAAUGUCAUUAUGUUCAAUGUUUUUUGUUGUCGUUGUUUUGAAAUGAAGACGUUUUAAAGAAAAUUUAAAUAGUAAAUUUUUAUUUAUUUGAAUGGUAUGUGCACUGCCACUUUCUGGUUUUUCGGAUCUUGAAAAUAUGUCAACUUUGUGACUCACUCCAAUCUUCCUUUUUUUAGAAAGAAAAAAAAAACAAUUAAGUUUAUUGGAAAGAAACUAUUUAUUUGGGGAGGAGGCGUUGGUUGUGGAGUUUUGUUGGUUUCUCAGAGGUUGAUUGUCAAAAUAUUCGAUAACAGAAAGAAAUGUUUGUAUGAAAAUGUUUCUUUUGUUUGGAAAAAUGGUCAGAAAGGAGGGGGAAAUUGUAGUAUUUAUUUGCAGGACUGAACGGCAUUGGCCAAGGGGGGGGGGGGGGGGGUAUAUCUUGGAUGAACCCUGACCCCAACCACCAGUUUGACCAGUCAGGCUGAUUCAAGAAGAUACUCAACUGUUAGUGAAAAGAAAAAUAAUUCUCGGCCUAAUUAUUUUUUGUAUGCAGCUUUUUAGGUUGAAAAUGCUUGUACAAAAUAAACUUAUUUGCCUCUACUAACAUCAGUGACAGCAAGUUGAAUUAUGUGGCUUUUUAGCUUGUAAUAAUAUAUACUAAAUAUUAAUGUGCAAAGCAAAAUUUUGAUGAAUACGCUUAUGGCCUUAAAGACACUGGACACUAUUGGUAAUUGUCAAAGACCAGUCUUCUCACUUUGUGUAUCUCAACAUAUGGC